AGAACCUGCGGUACAGCCUAUCCGCAGCGUUGGAAUAUUCCUCGCGCUCACUCCGGUCAUGAAACUCCAAUCAAACGGAUUUAAAAGCGAGGAAGGCAAUUCUGUUGGGAAGUUGUUGAACAUUUGUUUUCCGAGAACAGUGGGGAAUAUGAACUCAAUGUCAUCAUCCUGCCGAAGAGAUAUCAUGGAACAAUGGUUCUUCUUUUAGAGUACUUUUAUUCUGCCCCACUCGGUUUAGGAAGACUUUGGUGAAUGUGUCUUCUUUUCUUUGGAUUAUAUAGAUACCUGUAUAUCUAUCUGCAAUCUGGAUUUAGAAUAACACCGCGGACUAUUCCGUUCACAGGGUGGACAUCACCAUUGACUGGAAUUAUUCAUCCCUAUCUGUAAUGCCUCUCUCAGUGAUGGGGUUCCUGACCUUCAAAGCCCAGUGAUGCUAGCCAUGAAUCACUACAACCUCUCCGGGCCCCCGGGGGCCCUCGACCCCCUCUCCAACCUCAGCCAGUGGGACACGGAGAUGGUGGAAAUGGAGAGUCUGGCUCACCAGGGGAACCUCACCUCGGACAGGCCCAUGUCCGGAGGCCCGAUCGCAGCCGCUCUCUCCAUGACCCUGGGCGUCAUCUCCAACAUCGUGGCCUUGUUCAUCCUGGCCAACGCCUACUCUCACCAGCGCCGACGCUCCAAAGCCACCUUCCUCCUCUUCGCCAGCUCCCUGGUACUCACAGACUUUUUUGGGCACAUCAUCCCGGGAGUGCUGGUCCUCCGGCUUUACCUCUCCGGAGGGGUAUUCCCCGAGGCGGUCGCCGCUUCCUCAAACGGCUCGACCGACCCCAUGUGCCAGUUCCUGGGUGGAUCUAUGGUGUUCUUCGGUCUGUGCCCGCUGUUCCUGGGCUGUGCGAUGGCCGCCGAGCGCUGUCUGGGUGUUACGCAGCCACUGCUCCACUCCUCCUUAGUUACCACCACCCGUACCAAGCUGUCCCUCUCUGGUAUCUGGCUGGUGGCCCUCUGCGUGGCCCUGCUGCCCUGUUUCCAGCUGGGUUCAUACACCUACCAGCACCCCAACAGCUGGUGUUUUAUCAAGGUCUUAGCUAACGACACCCAGGAAGCGGACGUAGCCUUUGUUACGCUCUUCUCCGGGCUGGGCCUGACGUCGCUGGGGGUGGCCCUGGUGUGUAACACCAUCAGCGGGCUGACCCUGGUUCUGGCCAGGCUGAGACGGAGGCCAUCGGGCUACUCAUCGUCCCACAGCCACCGCUCAGUGGCCAAGAGCCAUGAUAUAGAGAUGGUGGUGCAGCUGGUGGGCAUCAUGGUCACGUCCUGUAUCUGCUGGAGCCCUCUGCUGAUCUUCGGGCUCAUGUCGGUGAUGCGCUCCUAUAGGGGCUCCAUUGAUAAAGCUGACAUGGCCACCUACGAGACGUUGAAUUUGAUGGGUGUGAGGCUGGCUUCCUGGAACCAGAUCCUGGACCCCUGGGUCUAUAUACUGCUGCGUCGGGCCGUCCUCCGCAAGAUCUACCUCAUCACCAAGUGCCAGGCCGAUUUGAAUGGGAGUGUGCUCCGACGGUGGGAGGGGAACUCGUUUCAGAGCAAGAGCUCGGAGAACAGUCCCGUUAACAGGAUAUGAGAUCAUAACCAAGCGCCAGGCCAAUAUGAAGGGGAGUGUGCUGCUACGCUGGGAGUGGAACCCCUUUCAGAAUAAAAGCUUGGAGAAGAAUACAGUCAACAGGAUAUGACUGUGUGACCGACGGUGUUCGAGUGAAUGCCAGAAGAAGACUGCAUUAGCCCACUAAGCUAAAGCCUAGUAUUGACCAGGGAGCCAAAGCAACUCUUUAGGUCUCAGGCAAGGUUACUCAUCAUGCAGCGAGCGUGGUCCUUGGUAGUUGUGGUGGUCACCGACAGAAAAAGAGGACAUUUCUGUUAUCACGUAUAGUGAAGGAUACGAUGCUCUGAAAAAUGAGGAUUACAUGUUCUUCAGCCAUGGCAGUAUCUCUCAAUCUUCUUUAUCACAGUGACUGGCAAGCUAAGAUCAUCCUCCUUUGGAUAUCUCUUAAAUUAAAACUAGGAGUUGAGUACGGACAUACCUGGUGUCCGAGUACGGUCUAUUGGACCAGUCAGUCUGCAUUAUCCCACAGACCGAGAGUUGGGAAACACAAUACCCCACAGAUGGAGAGUUGAGAAACACAAUACCCCACAGAUGGAGAGUUGAGAAACACAAUACGCCACAGAUGGAGAGUUGAGAAACACAUUAUCCCACAGAUGGAGAGUUGAGAAACACAUUACCCAGGUGGAGAGUUGGGAAACACAUUACUCCAGGUGGAGAGUUGAGAAACACAAUACCCCACAGACGGAGAGUUGAGAAACACAUUAUCCCACAGAUGGAGAGUAACGAAACACAUUAUCCCACAGAUGGAGAGUUGAGAAACACAAUACCCCACAGACGGAGAGUUGAGAAACACAUUAUCCCACAGAUGGAGAGUAACGAAACACAAUAUCCCACAGAUGGAGAGUUGAGAAACACAAUACCCCACAGAUGGAGAGUUGAGAAACACAUUACCCCACAGAUGGAGAGUUGAGAAACACAAUACCCCACAGACGGAGAGUUGAGAAACACAUUAUCCCACAGAUGGAGAGUAACGAAACACAAUACCCCACAGAUGGAGAGUUGAGAAACACAAUACCCCACAGACGGAGAGUUGAGAAACACAAUACCCCACAGAUGGAGAGUUGCGAAACACAUUAUCCCACAGAUGGAGAGUUGGGAAACACAAUACCCCACAGAUGGAGAGUUGGGAAACACAUUACCCCACAGAUGGAGAGUUGGGAAACACAAUACCCCACAGAUGGAGAGUUGGGAAACACAAUACCCCACAGAUGGAGAGUUGGGAAACACAUUACCCCACACACGGAGAGUUGGGAAACACAAUACCCCACAGAUGGAGAGUUGGGAAACACAAUACCCCACACAUGGAGAGUUGGGAAACACAAUACCCCACAGAUGGAGAGUUGGGAAACACAAUACCCCACAGAUGGAGAGUUGGGAAACACAAUACCCCACACACGGAGAGUUGGGAAACACAAUACCCCACAGAUGGAGAGUUGGGAAACACAAUACCCCACACACGGAGAGUUGGGAAACACAAUACCCCACAGAUGGAGAGUUGGGAAACACAUUACCCCACACACGGAGAGUUGAGAAACAUACUCGCAUAGUAAGUAGGUCAAAGGCUUGAAGCGUAUGAAGAUGUGCAGCUAUAUCAGCACAGAGGUUCAUCUGAGAGAUCAGAAGUUCAAAGCCUAGCUACAUAUCUUCAUGAAUAGAAUGUAAUGCAGAAGAAUAUCACAAUUCAUUCAACAUAUUGGAUCUCAUUUGUGGAACGUUACAUUUGAUUAUUCUGAAGUCUGUUGGUUAAGGUUUAACAAUGACAUUUUAACAUCAUCGAUGUCUAACGAUUCCAGAAUGACUCCAAAAAAACGGAGUUGUAUGCUAUGUAAAUGUUAUGCUAAGAUUAAGAUUGCUUGUUAAGUAAAGGGAGAACUACGAUUUUUUCCUGAGCUUCUGAUGUAUAAAAAUGCUACUUCAUGUCAAAUAUUGAACAAGUUAUAAAUAUUUAUUGCUUUUCCUCAAUUCUCUGGGGACGUGUAAAGAAGUUAUGGAACGUAAUUGAAUGUGAUGAAAUAAAGAAGAAUGUUUUGACUGAA